GAGAAGCAGAUAGUUCUUUAGAUUGAUCCUCCGCCCUGAGCAGACAGCCUCUCGCUCUCUCACAGGCUCGCUGCUGCUGCUUUGAUCUUCCCUUAACAACAGUCACGUCAUAGGGGAGUUUUGUCAAGCGGAGAGCUGCAGCGAGACUUUUAGAGGGUUCAGCAGAGGCAGCAAAAAGCAUCCACGGGACCAGUGUCCGACACGAGCUCCAGCUUUCUUACUUUUCUCACUGCUAAACACUGAAGAUAUGGAGCACCAGUUGUUUUGCUGCGAAGUGGAUACCAUAAGAAGAGCUUACCAAGACAGCAACCUGUUGAAUGAUCGAGUUUUACAGACAAUGCUCAAAGCUGAGGAAAACUAUCUCCCAUCGCCAAAUUAUUUCAAGUGUGUUCAAAAAGAAAUUGUGCCUAAAAUGAGGAAAAUCGUCGCGACGUGGAUGCUCGAGGUCUGUGAAGAGCAGAAAUGUGAAGAGGAAGUUUUUCCUUUGGCUAUGAACUACCUGGACAGAUUUUUAUCUGUGGAGCCCACCAAAAAGACCAGGUUGCAGCUCUUAGGAGCAACUUGUAUGUUUCUGGCUUCAAAAAUGAAAGAGACUGUCCCACUAACAGCAGAGAAGUUGUGCAUAUACACAGACAACUCCGUCCGUCCCGGCGAAUUAUUGCAAAUGGAACUGCUGGCGCUAAAUAAACUGAAGUGGGAUCUGGCCUCAGUGACACCACAUGAUUUCAUUGAACACUUCCUCGCCAAACUGCCUAUACAUCAGAGCUCCAAGCAGAUACUGCGCAAACACGCCCAGACCUUUGUGGCCCUCUGUGCAACAGAUGUCAACUUCAUCGCAAGCCCUCCCUCCAUGAUUGCGGCAGGCAGUGUUGCCGCAGCGGUGCAAGGACUGUACCUGAAAAGCACCGACAGUUGCCUCUCAUCCCAGAACCUCACCAACUUCCUCUCGCAAGUCAUCAGAAGUGACCCUGAUUGUCUGCGAUCGUGUCAGGAACAGAUCGAGUCCCUGCUGGAAUCGAGUCUCAGACAAGCUCAGCAGCACAUCUCCACAGAGACCAAAAGGGUGGAGGAGGACGUGGACCUCUCUUGCACUCCCACAGACGUCAGAGACAUUAACAUUUGAAGGGAUCGCUAUUCAUCUUAUGUGUGAUGAAUCUCUUCGUCUUUGUUUCUGAUGGGUAUGGGCUUUGGCCAAAGGCGUCAUGGGACAAGAGGGAAAACGGGCUCCUACCUGCACCCCACCAUCUGACCAAUACCUCGAAAACUUGCCCACUCAGCAUGCCCAAACUGUUGACUGCUGAGCGGCAUCCCCUGCGGCUUUGACGACCGGGCUAUCGCUGGCCAGGACCACCGGCGGAGGACAGGGAAUGAAUGGAAAUCUUAAUUUUCUUCUUUGGCCGCCCCUUCUAUGUCAAAAAUAAAAUGGUAUAGGCUAUCUAGGAUUUUACAAAUUGUAUAAAUGAUACAACAGUAGUUGUGACUUGCCUUGACUUGUCGCUAAAAAGACAACCAUGGGUAUUUUAUUUCAAGUGUGUCAAACUAUUUUUGAAAGAGAAGAGACAUUAUUUUGUAUGUUCGAUUUCUUUCUCUCAUAGACAGUAACUUGUUACACUUGCUACAAGUGCUCCCUGCUUUUUCUGCAGUCUAGCCGUGUAAAUAUACCCCCCGCUUGCUAUGCGUUUAGUCACUUUAUUAUAAUUCCUAGACAGAUUCCCUAACAAGAUUCUCUUCUCUUCCAAAAUGGUUUAUGUAACCUUAGUAUAUUUUUUACGCAUGUAUUUUUGUUAUGAUCUAGAAGGCUGUGGAUUGCCUGGGGCUGAGGUCCCAACUCGAGGCCAAACCGAACCAUUUCUUUGAAUUGUUGCCUUCACUGCCAUUAAUGUAUAAUGUCAUCACUGCCAUGACAAAAUAAGCUUACGUUGUACCUGCUCUCCCAGCAGUGCAGUCCACAGUCCGCUUUUAUGUUUAGAUUCAUGUAUUAUCUAAAAACCAUUCCAUUUAAAAAAGAAAAAAAGCACUUUCAGUCCGUCGUUUAAGGCUGACUUUUAGAGAAAAAAAAGAAAAAGAGAGAAAGAAAUCCACAGUUGUUAAAACAAUGGGGGAAAACAUGGAAUGGAAGAAGGGUUGAUGGAGCAGGUCUCUUUAUCUAUGGUGUUAGUGGUCUGUUAGAGAAAGGUGACGAGGGGGACAUUUUAGAAGAUAUUUGCUCUUUGAAGGCUUUUGAAACGUAAGCCUGCGGUAUAGUACAGCUACCGUGACACAUUUAGAGUGAUAGAAACACUACGAUGUUAAAUCAAAGAUUAAGAACUAUUUAUUUUAUCAGUUCCCCUCUUACGGCCAGUAUGCCCAAGUGUACCUAUGUUUGAAGUAUGUAUAAUGACCCGCUAGUUGCUAACUCGUGACACCAUAGUUAAAGUAUUUUUUGAUGUACUCUGGUCUAGUAAUUGUUAAAACAAAAGUUAUGGCUUCAAGUAGAUUUUGCACAAACCCAGAGACAUCAGUUGUCUUGUGGAUCUCUGGAAGAUGAUGAGGAGGAGAGAUGUUAGAGAUGGCAGAGGGAGGCAAAAAAGGGUGAUGGCUGGACAUCAAAGAGUAAAAGCAGAACUGAGACGUUUGUACCGUGAGGAAAAAAGAAAAAAAAAAGAAAAGACAAAAAGAGGAGAACCCGGGAGAAGACACUCCUCAUUUUUAGCUGCUAUGGAGGGAUUUCCAGCAAGUAUGAAACUUUCAAAUGGAAAACAACAAAAAAGAAAAAGACAUGCUUCUUUCUCUUGUCUUGUUUUGCUGCUAUUUUUGGUUUUGUUUAUAUAAAAUGUCAAUACAAUGUAAUAGGUUUUAAUUUUCUCAUAGAAAAUUAUGAUAUUAUUGACAACUUUGGUUCCUUUGGUAGUUUCUUAUGUGAUCAAUUUUUGUUAAUGUGAUUUCUACGCUAUGCUAUUCCCAAAACAAACAAAAAAGUAAUAAAAAAACAGACGAAAAAAUAGUCAAAUGUUCCUGUUAUACCCACAAUACCUCAAACUACAGUCGUGAUUUAGCAUUAAUUUAGUCUGGGAUUUUUCUUUAGUGCUAUUUUAUUUUAUUUUAUUUUAUUUUAUUUUAUUUUAUUGUUUUGUUGCCUGUUAGUUCUGUUUUUAAAUGCGAAUGAUCUUGUUAAUCAUCAUCCUACUGGGUCCUGAUGCGAGCGAGUAGAAAGCACAUUGAAUGGAAUUGGUGCCAUAAACUCUUUUGAGUUUUUUUUUUUAUUUUUUUUUUAUAGCUGUUUCAUUAAAGGAGACUAUAUACCCUCUUCUAGCCCAUCUUGAUGAGUUUAUGAAGCUUUUAUUUUAAACAAAUCUGAGUGACUGCCAUGCGUACUUACAAAGCCAUAGUUUUGUAUUGUAGUAAUUUAACACGGUGCAGAAAUUCAUGUAUAAGUGGCUGCCUGUCUUGUUCUGAACUAAGGAGACCUGGCAGGUCCCCACCAAGUCAUUGUCUUAAUAAAUGUGACGCAGCUACAAUCAUCAGUGACGUUUCCCUUCAUCUUUCUUCGCAUAAAACCCAUCAAAUAUGUAUUCCGGUAAAGAUCCUCGUAUUCAGUGCUGAUGGGAUCCUUUACUUUGUUGGUUGGGUAGUUUCAUUCCCUUUUGACAUGGUGCUGCUAAAUGUUUGCAUUGAGUCUAGAAAUGAUUUGCUGAAAGAGAUGUGGUGAUAAGCUAGGAAUGAUGGGAGAGGUGAUCCAGGACCCAGGGGACACAGAUAUAUUAUCCUCUGUAGUAUCAGGAAUACUUUUUUACCUCAAGGUGGGAAAACAAAAAUACAACUGAAUCGGCAUGUAAACACACCAGUCAUGCAAUUGAGGAAAAGAGACUCCGGAGGUCCCAAGCUUUUCUCUUGAAUGUGUUGAGGGGGAACUGAGAAGCGACUGACUGUAUCCUCACAUCCCCGCACGAUAAAUGCUUGGCCCCUUUGUCUCAAUUCUGUUGUAAAACAAAUCGUCUAGUCUUUUAGUUUAAUGUCGUAUUCAUUCCCAAGGAUUUAAAUGUGUUGAUCAUGAAAUACAUUGUCUUGGUUGGAUUUUUUGUUUUGUUUUGUUUUUGUUUUUUAUUGUUCACAAACCGGUCACUGGUCUGAAAUGCACAAUCUUGCUGACCCAUCUUAGAUAUGAGGUUAACUAGAAUAAAACUUGAGCUUUGAAAA